UUGAGGUUCUGAGGGACCAAACUGUGGAUGAAUGGCUUACACCGCCACCCCAUGGUGGUGCCGGGUAACACUGAGGAGAGAAGCCUGUAGCAGCUCAUACAACAGUCACUUGUGUGCUGCAGCGCGUGCCAUUCUGAUUCUCAGCAGCCGAUGAUAACGCUCGUGAUUCUUCAGCCUUUCGUUUUCUGCAAGCAGGAUUUUUUUAACCGAAUGGUUUGUGUUUUUUAUUCUUUUUUAUUUUGAGGACAAACUGCACUGAUUUUCCUGCACUCCCCAAUUCCUCUGGAUUUAUUCAGACUGGGAUUUUGGAAAAUUACCUUUUCACUAUUAUGGUGCUUGUAUUUUAGACCAUUUUGCUUUUUUUGUGGGUCCAGACCAAGCCCCUGAACCUUAUGUUGCUUUCUUCCUUUGGCUCCUACUUCUUUAUUUGAAAAAAAAGAUGCUUCUGGUUGUUAACAUCAUUACAAACAUGUAUUCAUUUCGCGCGCCUUCCUUGGCGAACAUGGGCGAAAGUGAUUGAAUUAUUUAUUUGAAUCACUUAUGAAUCAUAUUCCGAGCGUCGUAACGAGUCGCCGCGUGUGGACACAGGACUGACUGUCACUGAAGGAACCUCCAAGUGCUGCACAAGCCUGACGCAUCAGCAGAGGACGAGACUGCGGCAAUGGAAAGUAUCUCCAACCAAAGUGACUUUUGGCAAUUUAACGAGACCUGGAGGAACUCGAGUCUCCUCAACUCCAGCGGCGGAUCGAACCAGACGAAUCCCCUGAAGCGGAACGAGGAGGUGGCGAAGGUGGAGGUGACGGUGCUCGCCCUGGUGCUGUUCCUGGCGCUCGCGGGGAACUUGUGCGUCCUGCUCGCCAUCCACUCCACCAAACACAGCCAGUCCCGCAUGUAUUACUUCAUGAAGCACCUGAGCAUCGCGGAUCUGUUUGUGGCGAUAUUUCAAGUUCUCCCGCAACUUAUCUGGGACAUCACGUUUCGCUUCUAUGGACCUGACAUCGUGUGCAGGCUGGUGAAAUACCUGCAGAUUGUUGGGAUGUUCGCGUCCACUUACAUGUUAGUUUUGAUGUCUAUCGACAGGUGUUUGGCGAUUUGUCAGCCGCUCCGUUCUUUGCACAAGAGGAAAGAUCGUAUCUACGUGGUGCUGUCGUGGUUCUUGAGUCUGCUCUUCAGUGUUCCACAGAUGUUCAUCUUCUCCAUGCGCGAGGUCGACCCGGCUGGAUCGCGAGUGUACGACUGCUGGGGCGACUUCGUGAAGCCGUGGGGAGCCAAAGCGUACAUCACCUGGAUCAGCCUCACCAUCUACAUCAUCCCGGUGACCAUACUGAGCAUCUGCUACGGUCUGAUCAGCUUCAAGAUUUGGCAAAACUUUAAACUGAAGACCAGGCGCGAGCAGUGCAUCAGCCUGACGCCCAAAACCUCCAAGAGCAACACGCUGGCCCGCGUGAGCAGCGUGAAGCUCAUCUCCAAGGCGAAGAUAACCACCGUGAAGAUGACUUUUGUCAUCGUCUUGGCUUACAUCGUCUGCUGGACCCCCUUUUUCUUUGUCCAGAUGUGGUCAGCGUGGGAUCCAGCAGCGCCUCGCGAGGCCAUGCCCUUCAUCAUCUCCAUGCUGCUGGCCAGCCUCAACAGCUGCUGUAACCCCUGGAUCUACAUGUGCUUCGCGGGACAUCUGUUCCAGGAUCUGAGGCAGAACUUCCUGUGCUGCCCCGCUCGCUACCUCAAGGCGUCCCAGUGCCGCUGCGAGCGUGACUUUGACUACAGCCACAAGAGCAACUCUUCCACGUUUGUCAUUAAGAGCACGAGCAGUCAGAGGAGCUUUUCACUGAGCACCACAUAAGUGCGUCCACUUAACCCUCCGUUCUCCCCCUGAAGCGGCCUACUUGACCUUUGACCACGCGCUGUCGUCAAUAAAAAUAUCCUGCAGUUUGACGUCUUCAGACACUUCCUGCCUCAAGGCUGGCUGUUUAAGCCCAAAAGGGGGGAAAUAAAAAUUUAAAACAAAGUAUUUUAUUCAAAAUUUACGUGUAAAAUUGGAAAAAACUCUAAUUAAGGAGCAAUAUUUUGUGAGUAAAGACAAAGAUGAUGACGGGCCGAGUCGAGCACUUCACUGAAUGUUUCCUUUCAGUUUUUACAUUUCUGUUUUUUUUCCUUUUUUUUUAGAUGUACAGUGUAUAUUUACAUAUUUAAAGGGCAUAGUGGGGGAAAAGAACAUAUUUUAAUGAUAUUUAAGCUCUUAGUGUUGAUUUAGUUGUUGUCACCGGCAAAGUUAAAAAAAACAAAACAAGAAAAACAAAGUUUUGUUCAUCUAUGUUAUGAUACAUUUGCUCACCUGUCCUAAAUAUUGUGUACAACGUUGCUGAAUUUGUUACAACUGCGUUCCUGUUAACUGUUACUUGAGCUAUUGUUUAAUGUGAGACGUGAACGCUGUCACUGGUGAGGAUUUUAUUAAAGGCUUAACAGGCUAAAAGUCUCCGUAUCUUUUGAAACAGACUUGUAUUCCAGAGGGAUGCUGUGUUCUCCCGUGACGUCACCGAGGUCCUGCGAUUCACGCUCGGCAGCCUGCGAUGUGGAUGUGGAGAGAUUGUUAAGGUUUCUGGAGGCUCCAGUCGCUGCAUUAUUGAAUCUUUAUUCUGCAGGAUGUGGCAGCAAUAAAGGUUAACUGUGACCGUGAAUUAAUUCCAGCACUCGCUGCUGUUAAUUAAGUCCGAGGCUGUUGUUCACGCGCUUGUUUCAAUAUUCAUUUGUAAAUAAAUAUUCAACAAUA